AUGGCCGCCAAGAUGGGCGCACAGGGCCAGAUGCCCCCCAUACCCAACAGGGAGGAUAUUGUCGCAACAUGGAAUUACCUCCAAGCUGGUAUCGCACGCGUAAUGAACGACCUUGAACAGGGUAUCGACAUGCAAAUGUAUAUGGGUGUCUAUACCGCCGUCCACAACUUUUCGCAUCUUCUCGGCGAGGAGCUAUACAACAAACUUAUAGAUUACCUGAAGCAUCACCUCGAGAAUCUCGUGAAUCAAAGCAAGACUCACACCGACGAGGCCUUGCUCGCUUUCUACAUCAAAGAAUGGGGUCGAUACACAGUCGCUGCCAAGUACAUUCACCACCUCUUCCGCUACCUCAACCGGCACUGGGUCAAGCGGGAGAUUGACGAGGGCAAGAAGAAUAUCUACGACGUCUACACGCUGCAUCUCGUGCAAUGGAGAAAGGAGCUCUUUGAGAAGGUUAGCGUCAAGGUUAUGGAUGCGGUUCUCAAGCUCGUCGAGAAGCAGAGGAAUGGCGAAACUAUCGAGCACGGCCAGAUUAAGCAAGUCGUGGAUUCCUUCGUUUCUCUGGGAUUGGACGAGGCAGACCCAUCCAAGUCAACCCUCGAUGUCUACCGCUACCAUUUCGAGCGCCCAUUCCUCGAUGCCACUAAGGACUUUUACAAUGCCGAAUCGAAGCAAUUUGUGGCAGAGAACAGUGUUGUGGAAUACAUGAAGAAGGCCGAAGCGCGCCUCGCUGAGGAAGAGGAACGUGUUCGCAUGUAUCUUCAUCAGGACAUUGCCAUCCCACUCAAAAAGUCUUGCAAUCAAGCUCUUAUUGCAGACCACUCAGCUCUUCUUAGGGAGGAGUUCCAAGUACUUCUUGAUAAUGAUCGCGAAGAAGACAUGGCCAGGAUGUAUAAGCUUCUGUCAAGGAUUCCGGACGGGCUCGAGCCGCUUAGAUCCCGCUUCGAAACACACGUCAGGAAGGCUGGCCUUGCUGCCGUGCAAAAGGUCUCGUCUUCGGAGGGUGAAAAGCUUGAGCCAAAGGUUUAUGUGGACGCUCUACUUGAGAUUCACACACAGUAUCAGGGUCUUGUUGAGCGAGCCUUCAAGAGCGAGCCUGAGUUUACACGAUCUCUGGACAAUGCAUGCAGGGAGUUCGUCAACCGUAACGAAGUCUGCAAAUCCGGAUCUAGCAAAUCGCCGGAGCUGUUGGCUAAGUACGCCGAUCACUUGCUCAAGAAGAGCAGUACCAGCAUCGAGGAAUCCGAAUUGGAACAUAUUCUUGAUCAGAUCAUGACGGUAUUCAAGUACAUCGAAGACAAGGACGUAUUCCAAAAGUUUUACUCACGGAUGCUUGCUCGACGCCUAGUAAACAGCAACUCGUCUUCCGAUGAUGCAGAGACCAGCAUGAUCAGCAAACUCAAGGAAGCGUGCGGUUUUGAGUACACCAACAAGCUUCAGCGUAUGUUCCAGGAUAUGCAAAUCUCGGCAGAUUUGAACAAGGACUUCCGGGCUCACCUCGAAGACGUUGAGUCUGCGAAGGUGGUCGACUCAACUUUCUCUAUUCUAGGAACCGGUUUUUGGCCAUUGACGGCGCCGUCCACUGACUUCAACCCGCCUCCUGAAAUCGCAGCCGAGAUCGAGCGUUUUUCACGUUUCUAUAAGCACAAGCAUGAUGGCCGUAAGCUCACGUGGAUGUGGCAUCUUUGCAAGGGUGAGAUCAAGGCUGGCUACUGCAAGGCUAGCAAGACUCCCUACACUUUCCAGGUAUCGAUCUACCAGAUGGCUAUCCUCCUGCUUUUCAACGAGAAGGACAGCUACAGCUAUGAUGAUAUGCUCAGCGCUACUCAACUCAGCAAGGAGGUUAUAGAUCAGGCCCUUGCUACUAUCUUGAAGGCAAAGGUGCUCGUCAUGCCCGGCGCAUCUGGUGAAAAGCCAGGGCCGGGUAAGACUUUCAAGCUCAACUAUGACUUCAAGAGCAAGAAAAUCCGUAUUAAUUUGAACAUUGGUGGUGUUAAGGAGGCUAAGCAAGAGGAGGUCGAGACCAACAAGACAAUCGAGGAGGACCGAAAGCUGGUUCUUCAGUCCGCAAUCGUGCGAAUCAUGAAGGCACGUAAGAAGAUGAAGCACCAGAACCUAGUCAGUGAGACUAUCAACCAGAUCAGGUCCCGCUUUGUGCCAAAGGUUGGCGACAUCAAGAAGUGCAUAGAAAUUUUACUUGACAAGGAGUACCUAGAGCGUCUAGACGACGAUGAGUUAGGAUACCUUGCUUAA